AUGUACGCUUCGAAUUCUCUCAUGAGCUCUGGCCCAUCUGGUCGCAGUGAUGUGAACGCAUUUUACACUCACGAGAAAGAAGACUUCAGGGAUUUGAACUCUCGUCUUGAACACUACAUCAGUAGGGUGAAGGGCCUUGAGAGAGACAACCAGGAGCUGGUGAACAAACUACGCCAUUUGCAUGAGACUUGGGGACAACAGAACUCAGAGGGCAAGAGGGAAGAAUGUGCUGAAUUGAGUGUUUUCAUAGAAUCAGACCAACUUGAAGAGAUUCUGAUCCCAGGAAUGGCUGGAAGUACAUACAAGUACGGUAGCAGUAGGUAG